UGAUGACAGCUAGUUUUCUAAGCAGCCAGGAAAGAAGAGGAAUCUUUAUAUAUUUUUUCCCCUUUUUUUCUCAUCAGGAGCCAAGAAAGAAUAUUUAUAUACUUUAAAACCAGUCCUCAAGAGAGAACUAUCUGUACUCUCACCCCCCAAAAAAGGUUAUAUAUAUAUAUACACACACACACACACACACACAUAUAUAUACACACACACACAUCUUAAUACUAAAUUCUGAAUUCUGGAUACUGUGUUGUUUCCUCAGAUCCAGCACCAGCUAAAGGAAAGGAGCUUGUAUAAAUGUUUUUGUUUCUAAUAAAAAUAUCCAGGUUCCUUACCAGUAGCACAUAGAUAGGGUAGACAGUUGUAUGAAUAUUAUGGGUACAAAUGAAAGUAAUAGUAAGAAUUUAUGAGCUGACCAGAUUCAAGAAGGCCACAUGUCCAACUCCAUCAGCUUCCAGAAGCAAUUCUUCCUGCCCCCAGCUCCACAUAAAGGACUGAGAAGUCUAGGAAGAAGCAUAACAAUGUCUGCUGGUAGUCAGUGUAGUUUAGUGGGUAAUUGCUGCCAUUACUCAAUUAGUUUAUUAGAUUCAAGAAGAAUAAUCAGCCAACAAAUACUUAUUAACAUGGAGGAAACGCUGACUGUAAGAUGUUAGGUGCUGGGGAAUGCAGUGGGAAAACAAAAGAGUUUAAAGGCUGGAGAGGAAGAUAAACGGUCAGCAAGUUAUCAGAGUUUAUCAGAUAAAUGAAUUCAAGAGUGCAAAAUACCAUGGGCAAGAAAUACAAGGUGUCAACAGUAGAAACUGAAUACAUACAUGCCUGUGGGCAUGUAUACCCAUCCACCCACAUAUAGACACGAGGAACAGAGCUUGAAAUGAAUCUGUCUUUCCUCCACCUCAAGUGGCAGCUUUGUUAAUUCCUGCAAAGCAAUAUAAAUAGCAGCUUCUCUAUGAAAUUAUAUGCAUCCCUUUUCUGUUGCUGUUUAUUGAUGCCUGAGGAGGGCAAACAUGGGUUCUACUGAUGUCAGCAGAGAGAGUUGCUGCAGUAAAAUUUAUUCAAAAUGAGUGAUUGUUGUAGGUUCUGAUUUGAAUAGAUAAGCUGUAGAUGCAUUUAUGAAUUUGCAUGUCUGUUUACAUAAGCAAUAGACCAUGGUGGCUGAAAGUCCACCACUAGAGGCUUCUGUUCUACAGUGGGUCCACUAGUUACUAGCUCUAUAACCUUGGAUAUACAUCUGUAAAGUGAAGAUAAAUAACCACAUUAACAACCUCAUAGUUUGCUAUGAGGAUUAAAUGAGUUGACACAUGCUAAGCCCUUGGAACAGUGUAGUGCCUGGCACAGAGUAAUUGCUCUACAAAUGUCAUAUUGCUUUUGCUCUCCAAUCCCCCCGCCUUUUUUUUAGCCAACUAACUGAGCAGGAUAAUAUUGAAUCUCGUGGAUACAGGGAAAAUUUUCAUCAGCAGAAUACCAGAGAAAGAUUUAUUAAGUAUCACCAAGGGGGCCCAGGAAUUUAAUAACACAUUUGUUGUUUUUAGAGCUGAGUUUUUGUUAGAGUGUUAACUGAGAAAGUGUUUUCAGACGCGAAUGGAAUGUGACAUUUACUCUGGUAUUAUUAGCAUAUAGAGUAGUAAAAACAGUAGUUGAUAGUCUUCAUGCAUGUUAGCUCCCUUUAGACUUAUUUUCAAAAUAUAUACAUUUGGUUUAUCACAACAUAUUGUGUCCCACUUAACAUAGUUGAGACAAAUUAAGGAAAGAUGAUAGGGUAUGAAGAGCUGAUAGAAGCUUUUAAUAUGUGGAAAACCUCAGAAUAUAAACAUCUACAGUGUUAUUAAUAGGCAUAUCGUCAACAACAGUUUUUCAGACUUUGUGCUUCACUCUGGAGAAAAACAAGAGCAUCACAUCUUGAAUUUUUUCAUUGGCUAAUUAAGAAACCCAGUUAUAAUGUAACACCAGCUGAACAUAGCAUGUUAGUGGAGUUCAGCAUCAAUUAAAAUUAUUAACGAAACCUGUCAUAUGUUCCCUUUCAAAGCUGUUCAAGUCAACUGUCCAAAUCAACAAAACAUUAUGAAUAUUUAUUACCAUAAAUCUUUUAACUCUUUGGUUUUGUUUUAACUCAUUUCAAAUUUUUAGUUCUACUCUAUUCAAAUAAAUUAUUAUAUAAUAGCUAAUACAUACCAAGAGCUUACUGCAUAAUCUAGCUGCUGUUCCAGACAUCAGUAACUAAUGAGAAAACUGUAGAGAGUAGCUGCAGCUUUUAGUAAUACAACCUCAAGAAGAAAGUGGGGGCAGUACCGAAACUUACGUAUAGUACCGUCCUUAGUACAGCAUUGACACUGACGGCCUCCUUCAGGAAAUACAAACCUGGUGAGGUUUUUAAUUACUAAUGCUAGAGAGUGGCGUUUUUCCGAGGACUAUGUUCCACUUGGUCUGUCUUUGAUGGCUAUUAACUAAUAAAACCGUUAUCAUUCUGCUGCUGUGGGAAGUACGCAACGGAAAAGUAAGCGAUAAUCUUAGAGCAUAACUUAGAAGGCCAGAACAGCCAAGGAGGUGGUAGAGUCCCGAGCCCCGCCUUCUCCACAGCACCCCCAAAACCCCACGGCGGGGGAGAGCGCCUGGCAGGAUGCGAGCGGCCGCCAGCGUUUCCCGCGGGGCGCCGGGGGCGGCCCCGGGACUGGAGGCGGCGCCUCGGGAGCUGUGUGCCCGGCGUGCGUGCUCCGCAGGGGUCUUGGAGGCCGCUGGGCGCGUGCGCGGGCCGUUACUACCUGCAGCCGAGCGAGGGAGCGAGAGGGCACCGAGAGCAGCUGGCUGGAGCAGCAUGAGGCCGGGAGGGGAGCGGUCCGUGGAAGGGGGCGCAUGCGAUGGCCGCUCCGAGCUGGAGCUACUGAAGCUGCGCGCGGCCGAGUGCAUCGACAAGGCGGCCGAGCGGCUGGGGGCCCUGAGUCGCGCGAUCUGGAGCCAGCCCGAGCUGGCCUACGAGGAGCACCAUGCCCACCGCGUGCUGACGCACUUCUUCGAGCGGGAGCCGCCAGCCGCCUCCUGGGCAGUGCAGCCGCAUUACCAGCUGCCCACGGCCUUCCGCGCCGAGUGGGAGCCGCCGGAGGCCCAGGCGUCGAGCGCGGCGCCACGCCCGCUGCACCUGGGCUUCCUCUGCGAGUACGACGCGCUGCCUGGCAUCGGCCACGCCUGCGGCCACAACCUCAUCGCCGAGGUCGGGGCGGCGGCCGCGCUGGGCGUGAGGGGGGCCCUGGAGGGCCUCCCCAGGCCGCCUCCGCCCGUGAAGGUAAUUGUCCUGGGAACCCCUGCAGAAGAAGAUGGUGGUGGCAAAAUUGAUUUAAUUGAAGCAGGGGCUUUUACAAAUCUUGAUGUUGUUUUUAUGGCCCAUCCAUCACAAGAGAAUGCUGCUUAUCUACCAGAUAUGGCUGAACAUGAUGUGACUGUGAAAUACUAUGGAAAAGCAUCUCAUUCUGCUGCUUAUCCCUGGGAAGGAUUAAAUGCAUUAGAUGCUGCUGUGCUGGCCUAUAACAAUCUGUCUGUGUUCAGACAGCAAAUGAAACCAACCUGGAGAGUUCAUGGUAUAAUAAAAAAUGGUGGUGUAAAACCCAAUAUCAUUCCCUCUUAUUCUGAAUUAAUCUAUUACUUCCGUGCACCUUCAAUGAAAGAACUUCAAGUUUUGACCAAAAAGGCAGAAGAUUGCUUCAGAGCUGCAGCUUUGGCUUCAGGGUGCACAGUGGAAAUUAAAAGUGGAGCACAUGAUUAUUACAAUGUCCUUCCCAAUAAGAGCCUAUGGAAAGCCUAUAUGGAAAAUGGAAGAAAACUAGGAAUAGAAUUCAUUUCAGAAGAUACAAUGUUGAAUGGCCCUUCAGGUAGAGGGGGCUGUAUCCCCAGAGAGACAGAAGAAGGGGCCGUCAGAGAGGCAGAAGGGAAGCCAUGCAAGUGCUGUGUCACAGAAGAGAAGAAAGGGAGAUCUACAGAUUUUGGAAAUGUUACUUUUGUGGUUCCUGGAAUUCAUCCAUAUUUUCACAUUGGAUCUAAUGCCUUGAAUCACACUGAACAGUACACUGAAGCUGCUGGGUCACAGGAAGCUCAGUUCUACACUUUGCGGACGGCCAAAGCCCUGGCAAUGACAGCACUGGAUGUUAUUUUUAAACCAGAGUUACUGGAAAGAAUCAGAGAGGACUUUAAACUGAAACUUCAAGAAGAACAGUUUGUAAAUGAGUAAAUAGAAGGAAGACUUAGGGACUGCUUAUAAAUCAAGAAGAUGUGAUGAUUUUUUUCUUUUAAUCUCUUUUAAUGAAGGUGUGCUUGUUUUUUAAUCUUAAAGGAGUCAAAUUCUUUUUACCUGAUAAGUGAGGACAGGGUGUGGAGAAAACAUAUUACCUCAUAUCUGAAGUGAAAAUUUUUGCAAAUCUGUACUCGAUGGGAUUAUGAUAUUACAGGAGCUGGUGUGUGAUGCCAUUUCUUUUCUUUCCCCCACAACCACUCACCUUCACAGUAGUGAUACCAUUUCUUAAACUACCUGGAGGAUACAUGGCAUCAUUUUAAUAAAAUAUUUUAAUAAACCUUUUUAUAAGCCUUACAUGUUGUCUGUAUUUUUAAAAGCUUAAGAGAUUUCAAACCUUGUAUUCAGAAUUGACACCUAUGAGAGUGUUUUGUGGUAUAGGGUGGUAAACUUGUUCUCUAAUCGUAUAUUAUUCCUCUACCAGAUUGUAUAUUUGAAGCCAGUAUCUUUCUUUUUUUUUUUAAAGACAGAGUCUCGCUCUGUUUCCUUGGCUGAAGUAUAGUAACACGAUCUCGGCUCACUGCAACCUCUGCCUCCCAGGUUCAAGUGAUUGUCUUGCCUCAGCCUCCCGAGUAGCUGGGACUACAGGUGUGUGGCGCCAUGCCCAGCUAAUUUUUGUAUUUUCAGUAGAGACGGCAUUUCACCAUGUUGGCCAGGCUGGUCUCGAACUCCUGACCUCAGGUGAGGCACCCACCUGGGCCUCCUAAAGUGCUGGGAUUACAGGCGUGAGCCACCACACCCGGCCUGCCAGUGUCUUUUUAAUACACACGUGUGUUGGUAUUUUUAAAUUGUUAUAGUACUUUUUGAAUAAGCAAAUAUUGCUUCCUUGCUUGGAAUCAUCAAAGUUUAAAGUAGCUUCGUGGAUGGACCAUGAUCCUAAGAUGAGUUUUAAUUGUGAUUAUAGUCAUCUCUUGUACAGCCUGAAGAAGAAAAGAUAUACUUACUACUUUGCUUCGGGUACACAUAAGAAAACCUCUUUUUAAAAAAACUUCUUACUUUUUUACAUAAUAGAGACAGGGGCUCACUAUAUCUUCCAGGCUGGUCUCAAACUCCUGGGCUCAAGCAAUCUUCCUGUUUUGGCCUCCCAAAGUGUUGGGAUUUCAGGUAUGAGACACCACACCUGCCCAUUUUUGUUUUGUUUUUUAAUGGGCAGUUUCUUGCUCUGUUUCCCAGGCUGGAGUGCAGUGAUGUAAUCACAGCACACUGCAGCCUCGAAUUCCUGGACUCAAGCAGUCCUCCCACCUCAACCUCUUAAAGCACUGGGGUUACAGGCUUGAGGCACUGCAUCUGGCCCUGACUCAUUUUUUUAAAAAGGUUAGGCUGACGUAAUGCAAAGUUUAAAAUUACACGAUUCUUAAAAUGCGGAAUUAGUUUCUAACCUAAACUAGAGGUAUAGGUGGACCUGCUUGAGAUAUCUUUGUUUUUAUGGAACAUUUUUAUUACACGCCUUUAUAAUUUUUCAUUGUUCAUGCCCUGUACUGAAACCUUUUUCUCAAAUACCAACUCUUGGCUAUGUUAAAUUUAUAGACUUUAAAAGAUAUUAUCUAAGUUAAUGGUUCAAAUAUACAAAUUGAGAAUAUUUUCUUUUUAGUGGUAAUUUUAAAAGCAGGCCUUAAUGUGGGACCUGCUUUUAAAGUAAAAUAAUUAUGUGGUAUUAUGAAUUACUAAGUUGCUAUAUACCAUGUAAUAGUAUAGCUAAUAUUUAGUAUGCCUUUUAAAAAUUUUGGACUGCCUUUCAGUUUUAACAAAUUCUCCACAUUAUGUGAACUACUCAAGGAAUUUUCCCUUUUUAAUUGUCUCUAUAACACUCAUAAGAGCUAGGGCAUUAGGAUAAACUAGAAUAUUUUAUGUUUAUGAAUACUUGUAUAAACUUAAAAGUGUUUUGAUCUCCCACAGUUUCCCAAAGGAAUGUUUGUUUAUUAAGAGUUGUGUUGAUAUUUUAACUGUUACAAUUUUAGCAGUUGAGUUCAGUGAACAUUGGUUGAGGAGUGCGUAUUUCUAAGCACUGGAUGUAAGAAGAAAAGACACUGCAAGAGGAAGAACUAAGAUUAACAUAAUUUCUUUGGUUUUUCUAUUGCUUGUUAUUAUUAUGUAAAAACUGGGUGGCAGUUCAGAAGGAAGAUUGUUGUAACAGAAGAGUGACAACCAAGAAUUUUUUGAUCAUUAAAUCAGAUUUUGUAAACAGUGGCAGGAGCAUGGACUUAAAACAAGGCUUAUUUGGUUUUGUCAAAAUUUUAUGAAAAUAUGUAAUAUAUAUUUAUACUAAAACUAUAUAAUCCUUAGAUUUAGAAAAGCAAUCAGUUAAUGUCUUUAGCACACUAAAGCAGUAUUAAACACAAGUUUGAAAUUGUAGAAAACUGAAAGAAAACAAAAGACAAAAUGUGUGUGGUAGGGAAUUAAAGAGUUUAAGAUAUGUAAAAUUAUGUGUGUUUUCUUCUCUUUUACAUAAAUCAUUUGUGAAAAGUAUGCUCAACUUUUUUACAAGAGUGAUAUUAAUUAGAAUUUGUUUUUCAAUAUAAUUUGGAGACCCUUGGUUAUCCAAAUAAAAAUUAUGAGUCUCUGUGCCUUUAAAAAAAAAAAAAAAAGAAAAGAAAAGACACAGUGCAUGCCCCAGAAAGCUUUUGGUGGAUAGUAAGUUCUCACGAGAUUUAUUUAUCUGAGCAAUGCUAGGACUGAGGGAACAUCUGAAAGCUACCAUCUUGAAAAUUUUUGAGGAAGUGUUUCUGAAAUAUUUAAAAAUACUUCAGUCAUUUUGAACAGCAGAAAUUGAUGCAAAAAGUUUUUUUUUUUUUUUUUUGAGGAUGAUUGUCUAAUUUUGUAAUACGUUCUUUUUUAAGAACUGAUGGUGUUUUAUACAUUUCUAACUUUUUACCUGAAUUAUCUCUUUAGUCUUUUGGAAAAUAUCCUACAUAAGACUAACCUUUAAAACUAUCAGAUUUUUGUUGUAAGAUAAAUAUUAUCUUUGUACUAGAUAGCAACCCUUUAUAAGGUUGUAAGUUAUGAUAAACUGCUUCUUUAUUGCAUACUUCAUAGCAAGCAUUUUGCAGUCCAAUUACAUAUAGUUGAGGAUGGUGUAUUUUGAUAUGUAUGAAAAUGUUUUCAAGUAAACAGUCUACUACCAUCAGAUUAUAAGCUUUUUUGUAAUAUUUUAAUAGGUACAUAAAAUAUGUAUGAAAAAUCUAUAAUAAACAUGUUUAUCUGAUA